UAUUCCGACAUCUAGUCCUUUUGUAAUCCGGGGCACGAGCGAACGUAUCAAGCGAUAUAUCGAUCGGUCCAAAAUCGGUGUUUUGGUGCUUCGUUCGCAGAUAUUUCGUGAUAUAUUAAGCCAACCAUGUCGGGGUUGAAGAUGAUAAACCACAGUCGAUUGCUGACCGGCGCGGCGGCACGUUUGGAAGCUGUUUGUAGUGCACCGUCGCCAAGGAAUCACUUGAUACAACACAGGAUGGCGUCAAAAGCUAUCACUUUAGAAAAUAUCAACCCUAAUAUCGUUAAGUUGGAAUAUGCCGUGCGUGGACCUCUGGUCAUUCGGGCGGCUGAAAUCGAGAAGGAACUUGAAAAGGGCGCCCAGAAACCGUUCAAGAGGGUGAUCAAAGCCAACAUCGGAGAUGCUCACGCCAUGGGACAGAAGCCCAUCACCUUCAUCAGACAGGUGCUGGCUUGCGUCUCGUUCCCUGAUCUCAUCGAAACAUACGACUUUCCUAGCGACGUGAAAAAGCGCGCCAGAGAAAUCCUCGAAGGUUGCGGUGGUCAAUCCGUCGGCUCCUACACUGCAUCACACGGGAUCGAACUGAUCCGACGACAUGUCGCCGAAUAUAUCGAGCGACGCGACGGCCACCCAGCCAAAUGGGACGACAUCGUCCUUACUGGCGGUGCUUCAAAUGGCAUCAAGAAUGUACUUCAACUACUAUGUAACGAUUUGGGAGGAAAACCUUCAGGUGUACUCAUUCCAAUCCCACAGUACCCACUCUACUCAGCCUCACUAGCUGAAUACGGUCUAACCCAAGUCGGUUACUACUUAGACGAAGACAACGCUUGGGCUUUGGACGAAGCGGAGCUCGAAAGGUCCUUGAAAAGUGCGAAGGACUGUAAUGUUAGAGCUAUCGCUGUUAUCAACCCUGGGAACCCUACAGGACAGGUCCUAACCCGUUCCAACAUCGAGACGAUCAUCAAAUUCGCUCACCGACAUAAUCUCCUGCUUUUGGCCGACGAAGUGUACCAGGACAACAUUUAUGCUGAGGGCAGCAAGUUCUUCUCGUUCAAAAAAGUGUUGAGAGAACUGGGAGCCCCCUACACGCAUGAACUAGAAUUGGCUUCAUUCAUGUCUAUCAGCAAAGGUUACAUGGGCGAGUGUGGUCUAAGAGGCGGGUGGAUGGAGCUUGUCAACUUCGAUAAGGGCGUCCAGGCCAACCUAUACAAGUGCAUAUCAGCCAUGCUGUGUCCCACUGUACUAGGACAGUCGGCGGUAGAUUUAGUCGCCAAGCCGCCAAGCAAAGGCGAGCCCUCUUACGACCUCUGGAUCAAGGAAAAGACUGCAGUUUUAGACUCGCUCAAUAAGCGAGCUAAGAUGAUUGCUGACACCUUCAACUCUAUGCAGGGAUUCAAAUGCAACGUCGUUCAGGGUGCCAUGUACGCGUUCCCGAGCAUCGAGCUGCCGCCCAAAGCUAUCGAGGCCGCCAAGGCGGAAGGGAAAGCGCCCGACGUAUACUACGCCUUCAAGCUUCUUGAACAGACCGGUAUCUGCAUCGUCCCCGGCUCAGGUUUCGGCCAACGUCCCGGCACCUACCACUUCCGUACCACCAUCCUACCACAACCAGCUCUGCUGCAAGAAAUGUUGGACAUCUUCAAGAAUUUCCACGAAAAGUUCGCAAAGGAACACGCUUAAAUGUAGCAACAUUAGUCAACUAGCGCCAUCUUUGGCACUAGUCCCAUUAAAAGCGAGUUAGCCAUGAGUAAUUUCAUUUUUGGCACAAGCUUCUAAUUACAAGUUUGUACAAGUUUCUAAUGGGGUGGCAACGCGCAUGUGACACUAUUUGAGUUGCAGGCGUCCAUAGGUGACCGCUUUACAUCAGUCGGGCCGUAUG